CAUCCUCCCAUCAUCCAACAUGGCCUCCAACAUGGACAUCGACAAGUCUCUCGACGAGAUCAUCGCCGCCAAACCCAAGCCUCAACGACAGCAAAGACAAGGUGGCGCUAGCCGAGGCCGACGAGGUGGAGCUGGUGGUGGUGCGCCUGCCGCUGCGGGUGCCGGUGGUGCCCGAGCCCGGUACGCGUCAACGGUACCCAAGGCGGCAGGUGCUGUCCCGGCUGGCGUCCCCGAAGUGUUCAAGAUCAUUAUCAGCAACCUCCCCGGCGAUGUCACAGAAGCUGCCGUGAGAGAUUUGAUCCAAUCGACUGUCGGGCCUGUCAAGAGUGUUCAGAUGGCCUACACCGCCCAUGGCAAGGGGAACGGUAUCGCCACCGUCGUCUUCAAGAACAAGGGAGACGCGAGAAAGGCGCAUGCUUCAUACCACAACAGGAUGAUCGACAACCAGCGUCCCAUGAAGGUUGAGCUCUGUGUGGACCUGAACGCGGUCCAGGCUCCCCUGGCCAACCGCGUUGCCCCCGCUGCUCAAGGCCAGCAGGGUCAGCAGGGCCAGGGUCAGAGGCGUCGUGCGCCUGGUCCCAACAAGCCCCGUCCUGCCCGACCUCAGAAAAAGACUGCCGAGCAAUUGGACGCUGAGAUGGCUGACUACAAGCAGACUACUUCUGCUUAGAUUCUUGAUUUGGGUGUUUGCGGGUCGUCGCUAGUGAUCCAUGUACGGUAUAUAUAAAGCUCCAAUGCACUUGAUUGUGAUUUUAGCCUGAGCGGUG